CCCUGUGGUCCGGUGAUUGUGGCACGGUGUCGCCUAACGUUUCGUUGUACGCGGGGCCGCCCGCCGUCAAAAUAGCCACUGAGUCGAAGCUGCCAGGGUGCGGCUGGGGCGGGCAGGGCUACGCACUGGACAGCUGCGUGGACACCAGCCUGCUUCGGCCGCCGCAGCCGCCGGCCAGCCAGCUAGGCACCGUGUACGCCACCAAGCGACGACGGCGGAAUGGAAAGAGCAUCAAGCCGCCAUCAAAGGACGGCGUUACGAAGAGCAAUCCCAGUAAGAGGCACCGUGAGCGGCUCAACGCCGAGCUGGAUACCCUGGCGUCGCUGCUGCCCUUCGAGCAGAACAUCCUCAGCAAGCUGGACCGACUCUCCAUACUGCGACUGUCCGUCAGCUAUCUACGUACCAAGAGCUACUUCCAAGUGGUCAUGCACAAAGAGAAGGAGGAGCUGCACCGGCGUGACCACGCGCACUACGACCACAUCAUGCCGGACGGCGAGAUGUUCCUACAGGCACUCAACGGGUUCCUGAUGAUCCUCACGUGCGAGGGGGAGGUGUUCUUCGCGACACACAGCAUCGAGAGCUACCUGGGCUUCCAUCAGUCAGACAUAGUCCACCAAUCAGUGUACGAGUUGGUCCACUCAGAAGAUAGAGAAGAGCUUCAGAGGCAGUUACUUUGGAACUCCUUCCUGCCACCAGAAGCAAACAGUCUCUCACUGCAAGAUGUUUUGAGACAGGAGAGAGCGCAUCUAUUAGAAAGAAGUUUUACAGUCAGAUUUAGAUGUUUAUUAGACAAUACAUCAGGAUUUUUGAGAUUAGACAUAAGAGGCCGGAUCAAAGUAUUACAUGGACAGAACAAGAAAACAGAAGAGCCACCAUUAGCUUUAUUUGCAAUUUGCGCACCGUUCGGGCCUCCCAGCCUGCUGGAGAUACCACAGAAAGAGGUCAUGUUCAAGAGCAAACACAAACUGGAUUUAUCACUAGUCUCGAUGGAUCAAAGAGGGAAACUUCUCCUCGGUUACACGGACGCCGAGCUCGCAAACAUGGGAGGUUACGAUUUAGUGCAUUACGACGACCUGGCGUAUGUAGCCAGCGCUCAUCAGGAAUUACUGAAGACAGGAGCGUCAGGGAUGAUCGCAUACCGCUUCCAGACGAAGGACGGCCAGUGGCAGUGGCUGCAGACUUCCUCGCGACUCGUCUACAAGAACUCCAAGCCUGACUUCGUGAUUAGCACGCAUAGGCCUCUAAUGGAAGAAGAAGGCAGAGAUCUCCUCGGGAAGCGGACGAUGGACUUCAAAGUUAGCUAUUUAGACACCGGUCUCACCAGCCUUUACUUUUCCGAAACAGAACAGCUUUCAGGCUGCGAGUCGAACGUCUCAACGCCCCCUCGAGCAGCGAGGCGAUAUAAGACUCAACUGAGAGACUUUCUAUCCACUUGUAGGAAUAAAAGACGAGUGCCUCCCACUCCCGCGCCACCUCCAGUGGAUUACUUAGCUGCUGAUGCGGUAGCCGCAGCGUAUACUAAUCUAAACGGAGCGUACACCGCUCCAUACGGGGAAUAUCCUCCCGCUCCAGCGUUACAUUACGCUCCACCACCUUUAGAUGAUAGAUUCCUCGCAGCUGACAACCUCUUCCAUCAAUACAAACCAUUGUCUUACCAUUACACUCCAUACGCGCCUAAUGGUUUCUUAGAACCGGCUCCACCUCCUGGAUACGAAGUUCCACCGACGUAUCAUCGACCUCCGUCAAGAGAAUACACUUAUGUUGAUAGUAGUGGGAGGUACAUGAGUCCGGUGACUGGAGAGAGACGGUCGCCAAAUGUCGUGCCUGGUCCAAGUCCGGGUGGGUCAAGCGGUUCGACAGAGCAGGAUAGGAUGGUGCAAACGCAAACGUCGGAGAUGCCAAGGCAGACGGUCCUCAUGUGGGGUGCCGGUGGAGCAGCUCAAGAAGUCCCCGUGGAGUACUCACCACCGCAGGUUUGGCGAUACCAUCCCUCCCACUACCACACCGCUGAAGCGACUCAAUGAUUAGUUCUUUAGUACUUUGUGCAAUACCCCCUGUUCUUUUAAUAAGACAUGGGUUUUUGGGCGCAACAUUUAGAGCGAAGCCCCAUUAGUUCGUUGUGUUACGUCGCAACGUUGACGUUCUGUCGUUUCCCAUAUUAUAUUUUAACUGACAAGCCACACAAGCGUUGUGUUAUCGCUGGCGACGUCCAAUGGAGGACGGACAGUGCUCAUUUGUUUUGUAUGCAUUAUUGGGACUGACUGGAUGCAUGUGUCAUCCUCUUGCGUUGCGACGUCGUGCGUCAACUCAACGCAGGUGGGGCAUACAAUCAGUUGCGACGAUGCUACGCUACGCACUAAUGAGUCUUCGACCUUAAACCAUCCACCAAAGACACGCCCUUCCAAUCCGAAUUUGUUUUUUUAGUAUUUUACUAUUACUAAUGUUUUGAAAGUAAGAAUCAAGUUAUAUCGUUCCUUGUGUCGCACAUAUUUUGGAAAUUACUGCACCUUUUUGAUGCAGCUUCUUUUUGAAGUUUUUGUUACCCGAAUAUCGACUAGCAACGAGACCUCGCUCAAUGAUUUCAUGUUCGAAACAUUUUUUUUUACAUUAUAACUUAUCUAUAGAAAACAUAAAAAUAUCAACUUCUUACAGUAAUCAUGAAUAUUUUACCAACAAAAUAAUUUUUCAGAUGUUUGUGUUUAACUUUACCCUUCGAUUACCAAUUGCUGUACAUAAUUUUGUGUAAAUUUUUCAACUAAAAAUAAUAAUUGUUAUCCAAAGUAACGGUUUUAGUAAAAUUAGCUUAUUUUAUUGUAUUUUGAGUUAUUUUUAGUCGCACUUUGAAACACAUAUCGAGUGUGAAGAAUGUGUAAAUAUUUAUUAUUUUUAUCGUUUUUGUGAGCUUCUGCUUCAUAUUUAAACGUCUGGUUCGUGAUUUUUCGCUUUUUAUAUCAAUAAAAUCAGCAAAACGGAGUGCGUUUAAAAAAAUGCUGCUCAAUUUUCAAUAUAAGUAUAUGAAUAAAACUAGAUUUUGUUUUUUUUUCUUGUUAUAAUUAACCCUAUGUGGUAGAAGUUAAAAAAGGUAAAAUAAAAGUUAUUUUUGGUAAAAUAUAAUAUGCUUUUUUACUCUAUACUUCUUCGUUUUGCUGUAUUUUGUUACUAUUAUAUUAUAAGAUAAAACAUAUCAAUAUUGUAAUAGCAUGAAGCAACAUAAAAAUUAUCACUAACGUAUUUAUGUCCCUGUGAAUUGUAUGAUAUAAAAUAAAAAUUAGCAAAAAGUUAUGCUUAAAAUGUCCGUAAUAAAUAAUAUAUACCAAUGGAUAAAAAUAAAUAAAUAAAAUUGACAAUCAUAUUAUCAAGUCAAUUUUAUUCAUUCUUGGACUUCAAAAUCAUAAUUAUUUUGAACCAAAUGCGUUUACUUCAAACACUUUACAAAAUUAAAAUGGGUUUUAAUCUAUAUAGUUCGUGGCUGAUUCUAUUGUCAAGGACUUUAUUAAUUGCAUAGUUAUUUCGAUUAAUAAAUACUCUUAAAUUUAAGUUUAAGCUUUUAGAUAAUCAGGUACAGAACGCCUGGAUUUUGGAAUUAAUUUGUUUAAUUGUCGCGUUCUUUUGAUUCUUUAUUAAUGUUGAUACGUCUUGAUUUGCUAGGUAUGUCUGUAUGUUUAUGAUUGGCAGUAUACUGGCCAAAAAAAAAGAAAUCUGGCUUACAACAUGUUUGUAGAUUCUUAAACGACAUACAUAUUUGUAGAGGACGAAUACUCUUCCAUUACUGUUUAAUUUAAUGCUCUAAAUGAAUUCAUAUUUAACGUAAGAGUAUUCAAGGUAGCCCUGUCUACAAGAAUCCAAAAGCUCAAUUUAACGCUAUUUUCAGAUUCUUUAUAGGUGGCCUAUUAAACAUAAUAUACCCAAUGAUCUAUCAAAUGAAAUAACUUCUUUAUUUUAAUUCCUUUUAAGCAAUCUUUUCCUAUAUCGUUAGGAAAGGAUUGAAAAAAAAUAUCUAUUUAAAUGUUAUUUAAACCUGAAUGGAUGGAAUACACUUUUUGAUUGGCAAUCUUUGCCUGUACAUGACAGAUUGAAAAAAAUAUAUAAUUUAUGGGGACACAAAUACUCACUGCCAUGCCAACGUGACGCAAGCACAUUCCUUGUACAUACACUUCGCGUGCCUUUCACUCUAGGUUAUAGACAUUCCAUUGAUUUAAUAUUGACUUCGCCCCGAACUGCUGCACUGCUCGAUCAUACAGCUCGACAUACAAAAAUGAUAAUUUUGUUAAAAGAAUAUUGUCUUUACUUUAUACCAUAUUAUCUUAGACUUUACAAUGAACCUGUCAAAUUGAGGCAAAGAUUUUAAUUCACUGGCAAACAUAUAACCUUAAAAAUUUUUCCUUGAUAAUGUCUUGGGUUCGAUUGGGUAGGGAGUACUAAAGUAUUUCUCUGCUUCAGUUAUCUCUAUCACUUCCAUGAUAUUAAACUUUCGGUCCUGGUCAUUAUAAUUAUCAUAUGGUAGUGAACUUUACAGAGUCAAAAUUAUCACCCUAAGAGUAAGCUCGCCAAACCAUGUUGAAACAGCAGGGUAUCUAAGCUCCAAAUCUUAUAUGUUAGGUAUGAGGGGAUUCUGAUUAUUAUUAUUAUAGUGGUACCAACACAAAUUGAUUGAUUUAUUUCAAAUAAGCUUUAAUGCAAGCACUUUUGAAAAGUCAAGUAUGUUAGUCUUUCGAGCAAACAAAGCAGUUAGGGGCAGAGUUAACAAAUUUCUAACCUACCAUUCGUUGUGCAGUGAGCCGUCGUUGGCAGGGCAAGCCGUCGAACGAAUCUUCCGACGUCGAUAGAUUUAAUACUUAGCUAUAGGUUUGUAUUAUCAUGCUCCUAGAGAAAGUUUUUAAAUUAACAAACAUCACUUCAGUGUGACUUUAUUACCCUACAUUUAAAUAACAAAAAUAUAAUAAGAAUUCGCGCCGAAUUGAGACGAAAAUUCGUUUUUCGAAUCAUUAAAAUUUUAAACUCCAAUUUCACGUUUUUUAAAUUAAAAACUAACUACGGGGGCCCAGAAGAGCACUUUAUAAUAAAACAUUUUUAAAUUACUAAUUAAAAUACUUUCCUAAUCCAUCCAAUGAAUUAUGAUAAAAUAUGAAAGUUUUGUAUUUGAGAAAGGUUUGUUUUUUAAAAUUUGUAUAUUUUUAUAUAUAGUGAGAUGGUCGAAUUAAAUUAUAUUUGUCUUGUUCUGUGCUCAAAUAUUUUUUUCAAUAAACCUAAGAAUGUACCUACCUAGCCGGGAUGUUUGCUUGGGCGCAUUAAAAAAAUAUUUUAUUUGAAAAAAGCUUUUGAACUCAUUUGACAUUUUUCCUAUGAGCAUUGAGUCCGACAAAAUUUAUUUUAUAUAUGUACACAAUAAAACUGCAAUGUAAGACUUACUAAUGUCUCGGCUGAUUUUAUCUUCCGAAAACACUUAGUUAUCGAAUAAUUAAGAUGCCAAUCAGCAUUGCGCGGCGUCGUUUCAACGGAGCUCCGUUACUACCAUGGACAGCGUUUUAAUUGUUUCGACCCAUUGUUGAGAUUGACGGGAGGGUGCGUCGUCCUCUUGGACGUGUGUCGUCGCAACACAGGUACGGAUGCAAUGUGUUGAUACGUAGUGGCGACGCAACGCGACGAACUAAUGAGGCAUCUCCCUAAGCAGAGUUUCAUAACUGUCAGAUGUAGAACCUUAUUUGAUAAAAUAUUUUUUUUAAUUCACAAUUCGAGGGUUGAUAGAGGAGGUUAAAAAUUAAUUAAAGUAAGUCACUUACUUACUUGUUCCUCAAAAAUUUAAUAGAGUAAGCAAAACAAAAAAAUAUUUACAAAUUUACAAAGUGCUCUUCUCUGAUUUGUCUUCACAUUGUUUAUAAUGCAUAAUAUAUUUAUAAUGCUAGGGGCUACAUUACACAAAAUACCAUGUCGUGUUGAGGCGUAUUGGUUAUAACAGAACUGAGACAAAUUACCUAUUAUAUUAGUCUAAGACUUAGACUAAUAUAGUCACUUAGACUCUUAGUGACACCAAGUUUUCAUCCAACAAAAGCAGUUAAAUUGUUCAUCUGUCGCCUAAAAUUGUUCAUGACAACAGUGCCGCAAAAAGUAUGUAGGUACGAAAUUACGAAUAUCUACAUCUCUCUUUCGUCCCAUCGAAACGAAACGAGAAAGUAAUAUUUAUGCGUAUCUCUUUCAUUGCGAUGGGAAGAAAGAGAUAACUAUGCAGGAUUUUUUUGAGUACCAACAUCAUUGACAGAUUUUUGCACAUUUUAUACCUGCAUUAUCGCGAUAAAGGUGAACGUUCGCCUAAUCUCGCUCAUGUGGCCCUAGCCUAAGGUAAAAAUUGUACUGUCCAUACAUCGUACGGUCAACCGAAAUUUUAGACUUUUCAUGAAUAUAAUAUUAAUCGAGUCAGUAAGCGAAUUUAUCUUCCACUACGAGUUCCAAGUCAUUUGUUUGUAAAAACUAAUUUGACUUUAAAAUUAUAUUAAUAAAAUUUCUGUAGCAAUAAGUGCAUACGAGUUCGAAAAAUCACACUUUUUACACGAUAUAAAAAUGUCCAAAUACUUUAAAUAAUAUGCAAAUAUAAUAUUUGUACAGUGCGUCUGUAGGUAUAGUUGUUCUAUUACGGGAAGACGGUUUGCUUUCGGAUGUAGUAGUUAGUAAUACAGCACUAACGCCUUUGCUUUGUGUGUGUAAUGUAAAGAAAAUAAAGGAAUGACAACAAGUCAAUAUUUAAAAAAAAAACAAUGGUAUGGUAUGGUCGGGUAAAAAUGGAUUAUUAAAUUAUAGCGAGUGUUAUAGACGUAUGGCAUCGAAAUCCGUUUAUUAGGAAAAGCUAACCCAAACCGUCAUCCAAAAAUAGAAAUACUAUACAAAGUAUAUUGCUAUGCCCAACGAACAAUUUUAUUUAUGUUAGUUAGGUAAAUUGUUUAUGUAAAAUACUGUCAUUUGUUUUGACUAAUUUGCCAUAUAAGGCACAAAAAUUCUUCCAGUUAUAUAAGAGGGUAGGGAACCAGGGGGGUAGAGAUAAGGAGAACUACCACCAUAAUUUCAACUUAUCAUCAAUAAAUAUUAAUUUUUAACAGCCUGUAAUGAUGCUACGUCUUUAGUAGUUUAGUUUUUUCUCUUUCUAUAGUACCGCGUUAGACAGAGAGAGAUGGAAAUGAACUCGAAACUCGGACUUGCGAGUUCUACAAAACAUCGUUAGAGAACCCUCCAGGGUUAGGCCUCUAUCAUUGAAAAGAAGCUUUGACACACCACGCUAUUCCAAUGCUUGUUGGCGAGCUCAGAGUGAUAAAUAUUAAUUCUGUAACCAUCACUGUCAGAUGUUAAUGAGAAUAACCUGGACCGACCGCUUAGCGUGCUUUGCGAGCCACGGGUGUGUUGUAUAAAACUUGUCGACCCGUCCGUCUAUAACUACUCUGUUUUUACAGUGGUACCACUAUAAUCUAACGGAUUAGUUACAACUCGAAUAUUAUACACUUCGAAUAAGUAUAAGAUUUUCUUUGCGACCAAAGAUAUAUUAUCUCGAGAAGAUAAAUUGCAACCAAUGGCAGCGUAGUAGUCCCAGUUCCAUCUCUUUCGUCCCAUCGCAAUGAAAGAGGUGGCGAUAUUUCCGGUAGCGCCGUGAUUGGUUGAAUUUUGUCAAUAUUUCUUCACGAGAUGGGUCGUUUGGCCGCAUGUAAAGUGCCUAUGGUAUAUGGCGCUCCCCUGAUUCUACCCUUUGUACUUCCAUUAUUAUUAUUAUUAUUAUUGUGAUCUAAAUUUAUAUCUACCUAUUUAUUUUUGAGAUAUUUUUAUUUAUAUUUCUUAUAACUUACCUUUGUCUAUACAUCGUUCUCUCGCUUUAGUAUUAAGUGUACGAAUGAGAGAGCUAUAUACAGACUUUAUCUUGCGGUGCGAGGCUACUACGACGGCCUUUAUAUCUGUAAUUAACUUUAUGUUUUCCAUUAUAUUAUUUCUUAUUAUUCGUCUAUUAUGGGCUUAGCUUUGUUAAAUUAUGUAAACAUACACAGAAAACGAUAAAACAUUUAUAUUUAUAAAGAAAAUUAUUAAGAAAAUCACAAUUUUUAUUAUAUUUUGACUAUCACCAAUAAAACAAUACGAAUUGUAAAUAAAUAACUAGGUUAGACGCUUUAAUUACAUACUUAAUAUUACAAUUACAUCGUCAAUAGAUACUUAUAUUCAUAAUUAUUUAAUUGAAAAUAUAGUUAAGAUGAAAAUAAACGAGACAUUCUCUGUAUUUAUUUUAGUAUAGCAUAAUUGUGUAAUUAAAUGAAAAUCAAAAUAAAUUUUUUCAUGCCACUGAUA